UCUGAUUGCUUUCUAGAGUUGAUGACAUGAGAAGAGAGUACACAGGUGCCCUCUGUGGUCUGGGUUGGCAUUAUAGAAAUCUUGCAGUAUGGCCAGAACAUGACAUUGAACUAGCUUUUGAUGUCCGCUUCACUGCUGAAGAUCUUUUUAAGAUAAAUAUGAUAAGAUCUGCUAUAAACAGAUUGGUUUGCUACAGUUAUGGUGGCUCCAUCAACAAUGAACGGACUAGGCGGCUUCAGGAAGAUGUCCGAGAGCAGCUGUUGAGUUUGUUUCAAAAGGAGAAACAUCGUGAAAUGAUCCAUGUGAAGUGCUUUGAGAACAUGUACCAGUGGAACCAGGUGGAGACAAGAUACCUUGUUGGUCAAUCAGGAAGCGCUGAAGAGGAAGAAAAUAAUUCUCACAUUUACCAGUUGCACAAGUUUAUACUGUUAAAUUCUUAA